UAGUAGCUCUCGGUUAGUACACACUCAGCGGUAUACAUCGAUAGCAUUGUCGUCGGCAUUUCAUUCACUGCAUUCAGAAGCGAGAGCUAUUUAGCAAUAGAAAAUUUUACACGAGAGUCAUCGAGCAGCUCGAAAAAAAUCCUUUUAUUCGAUAUUCAAUUGUAUCGCGCGACGAUUACAGAUUACAUUUGCUAUCGAUUUUCAAUUUCGUUAAAACCGACUUGCAUAAAAAAUCUAAGGUAAGCAUCAAAUUCAAGGUUAACCCAAGUCGAAUAAAACUAAAGUACAAACGAAAGAAAAGUUUUUUUUUUACAAAAAAGUGAAUUUAAAAAUAGUCGAAAUGUAAAAACCAGUAAAACCAAAAGUAAUAAAAAAUUAAACGAUAAAAGAAAAAAAUUGUCGCCAGAAAUACAGACAGACAGCACACUCCAAUUUGAGUUGCGUUAGUUUGUUGUAUCAAACGGAGAAGCGAACGACCGAAACAAAGAUGGACGAUUGUAAAGAAGAAAUGAGUAGAAAAAAAUUUUCUUUUGGUCGAGCAGCGUACGCGUCACGAGAAAGUAUUCAUUAAAAUCGAUCGAUCCGAAUGUGAAUAAAAACUGCGUUUUACGCGAGAGUUCAGUUGUUCUAAAGUAAAAUUGUUGGGUUAGUAAAAACCCAUGUCAAAAAAGUUGUGAAAUUAGUACGGAAUGUGUAUUUGUUAAAAGACAAUUCAUAGUUUGAUUCAAGCGCAAAAAAAAGCGAAACAAAUGGACCUCAAGUUUAUACACAGCAUACAACAUUUUUGCAUUGCUGUUGUUGUUAUUGUUGUUGGUUUGAAAAGUACAGGCGGAGACGACACACACACACACACACACACUGAGAGAGUUCACGCAAAAACAGACAGUAUACCAUUUUUUGUGUUAAAAUUUGUGCAUUUUGAUUAAGUUAAUUAUUUUUAACCCCCUUUUUUAUGACGAAUUUUUCUUCAUUCCCAACAAGCGAUCAUUUCCAACCGAUGAAGUAAACGAAAAACAAGAUAAAAUGGUUUUUCACUAUGGCAUUUCUCUUGGCCCAAAGCAGUAAUGCCAAAGCCAAUUGAUUGCCUCAUUUACUUGUGUCGCAUCAAACACACACGCACACAAAAUGUUAUUUAAAACCAAAAAAAAAUCAACAAACCCAAUAAGUAACAAAAUUUAAACGAUAUUUUCAGCAUGUGCUGCCCCAUAUGAACUCAUUGAGAAAAAAAAACGUUGAGAAAGUUUCAUACAAACAUACAAACAUCCAAAAAAUACGCGUUGUUUGUAUGGCAUUUAAACAGAAACAACAGAAAAAUAAAUUGAUUGAAAAAAGUCAAACAGUUACAUAAACAAGUGCCUUUCAGUUGAUGUAUAUUAAUGUUCUAGUUGGUUCCGAAAUUAAUGUUUGUUACAUUUGUUGUCGAGUCAAGUCAAGUCAAGUCAAAUCAAGUCGAGUCGAGUCAAAUGUUUUAUCGAAACGUUGUUCCACUCUCUAUAUAGUUCAGUAAAGUCAAAGUUUCAAAUCAAUUUUUUUUAACUAAUUGCAAAUAAUCAAGUAUAUAAUUAAGAUGGUGAAAAUUCUACUUCAAAUUAUAAAUUAUGUCGCAAAGACAUCGAAGAAAUGGAUAGCGAAGACUCGCGACCCGGUUCGUCUGCGUCGAACUCAUCUUCUUCAUCAGUUGAAUCGAAUGAGAAUGCUGGAAAUGGUUCAGUGUCAUCGUCGCGUAAGUCUCGAUCCAAAUCGAUAAAUUCCAAUUCCAGUUCGGCAUCAUCGAGCCGUAAUAAUUCGCCCGAAUCGCAAAAUGCAGUGUUGAAAGAGCCACAAUCGCCCGUUCAGGAUUAUGAACAAGAUAAUCAGGAUUCACAGUCGCGUUCAGUGUCACGUGCAUCGAAUCGUUCGGAUCUAUCGAAUAAUUCAAGCGAAGGUAGAGCGAACGGAUCUCGACGAGACAGUCGCUCGUCGGAACGUGAUAAUCAGGCUUAUUCGCGCGAUCAAUCGGUUUCACCGACACGUGGUAGUGGUUCACGCAAUUCAAGUGUAUCAAGUGUACCGGUCAAUACCGAACAGUCGAGAAACGAUGCGAUCAAUAUUAGCCACGAAGAUUUGAGCGAUGUGAGCGAUUUGGAAAGCGCUGCCGCUUCACCCAUCAACAAUGACAAAGCUGAUGAUAACGAAGAUGAACCAGACAAAGGACCAGCCAUCGUGGAUCUUCGACAGAAAAUCAACGAAAAGAAAAACCAACAGAAAGCGCUGGAGGAUAGGCAAAGCGAUCAAAAUAACAAACAGAGCCCAUCGAUUGUGGAUGAGCUCAAUGAUAUUAUGGACAAAAAGCACGACGAAGAUGCUUUGGAUUUUGAAGCUGAAGAUGGUGAAUGUGCUGACGAGAAGGAGGAAAAGCCAUCGGAGACAAAAGAGCCGGAAAACAAAUCGAAGAAAGACUCAGACGGCGAAAUCGAGGAAGGAGAAGAGUUGGAAGAAGGUGAAGUGAGCGAUGAAGAUGAAAAACGUCCCGAGGAAACGGAACCAAAGCCAGUGUGUCGAUUCUACACACGUGGACAAUGUACGUGGGGCAUGAGCUGUCGCUUCCUGCAUCCUGGUGUGACCGACAAAGGCAAUUACACAAUGUUCGAUAUGAUACGACCAGUUCCAGUGAAUGCGCACGCUCCACCAUAUGGACCUGGUGGUGUCGUUUCAUCUUAUCAUCAUGAUUUUCGCAAUGAACGACCAUCGAUGCAUUCAAUGCACCUGGCCAAUGCACCACCACAAGUACGCCCAAUCGCUGAACCCGUCGUGGAAAGUGCAUGGGAACGUGGACUACGCACAGCAAAAGAGAUGAUGCGAAAAGCAAACAAGCGCAAGGAACAAGACAUGGAUUUCGAAGAUAAGAAAAUGAAUUUAUCGGCAUCGCAAGAUGAACUCGAAAAGGACAAUUAUUACAUUCGUGAGCGAUCACCAGAACCAUCUCCGCCACCACCAUACAGCGGUCGGCCAAUGGGUAUGCAUCAUCCGCCUAAAGGAAAUUACAGUCCACCGCAAAAGUUUGGUGGUCCAAUGGCACGUGGCCCUGCUCCCGUUCCAUACGAAGACGAUCCAUACAAUCGUUCAAUGAGAUACAGAGAACUGCCAGCACAUCGAAUGCCCCAGUACGAAGAUGAAAUAAUGGCGGGAAAACGACGUGUUCGACCAACGCGCGAAGUGAUCGUUCAACGUGCCGAACCAGUGGGUCGUGGUGAUGAAUGGAACGAUCCAUGGAUGCGAUCGAAAUCACCUGGGCGCGAUCGUGAAAAGCGACAGAAACGCGAAAGACGAAGCUACAGCUCCAAUUCUUCAUACAGUACUUCAAGUAACAGUUCGUCUCAGUCUGGUACCAGUUCAAAUUCCAGUCGAUCACCAUCGCCAAACCGACGUCGACGAUACAGCAGCACACGUACGAGCGGUCACAAAUCGCCAGCUCGUGGUCGUCAUGUGAAGAAUCGAUCACCAACACCAGAAGUUCACAAAAGACGACAUUCACCAGUUCAAAUGCAUCAAAAUGUAAACAAAGAGCCUCAUUUCGACGCUAAAAAAGACUUACGCAAUCAUCCUACUUUAAGCAAAAGAGCUAAUCCAAAUAUAGUUGUUAGGCGCUCACCACCUAAAAAACGUCAAACCACACCUCCAAGCGUGGAAAAACGUGUCACUCGUUCUCCAGUAAACAAACGAAAAAGGACAUCACCACCACCGCCGCCACCACGAAAACCAAUCUCGUUUUCCAUCGCUUCAACCAAUAAUCUUCGGAAGAAGAAACGCUCAAGUUCAUCUGGUUCAGAAAAUUCAUCGGAUUCGAGUGCAUCAGACUCUGGUUCAUCGGAAUCAUCGAGCUCAAGCGAAUCAUCAUCACGGAAUGGACACAAACCUCGUUCACGCGAUAAAGUGAUCAGUGAACGGAAAUUGGCUAGUAAAAAGGUAGAAGCAGCCGCCAAGAAACGUUCGCCACCCGCACAAUCCGGAUCUGGUAAAGGUGGUGCAGAUGCCGCUUCAAAUAAUUCAAGUAAAUCAAAUUCCUCGUCGUCCGGCGCAAAUGCAAAGAAAUCAACACGCCGAGAGGAGCUAUUGAAACAGCUGCGAGCCGUCGAAGACGCGAUUGCGCGAAAGCGUUCCAAAUUAUCUUGAACUGAUGUCAGUGUACUACUCCACACAAAUAGAUUUAUAUUGUUUUAGUAUUUAAGAAAGUUUACAAACAGUCAAAGAAGAAAAAAAAAUCAACAUAGCAACAGAAUGACCAUUUCCGUAUCGAUUAUUACAAAGAAGAAGAAGAAGAAGAAAUAUUGAAGGUGAAAGAAAGUGGGCAGAUGCAAAACGAUUGCAUUUGCCGUGAAUUUAGGAAAACAGUGGAAACAAACAACUUAAUUGUAAAUUGAAUUAAAUUGAAAUGACAGCGAAAAGUAUUAUAUUUGCUUGAAUUUGUUUUUAUCAUAUUCUUAUUUUCUGAGGUUACAUUCUCUCUGACACCAAAACCAUUACACACACACACACACACACACACACACACACACGCACACACACACAUCAAUCGUUUUCUCAUGGAACGGAACAGCUCUAUUGAUUUUUCUUGACUUUAAUUUUUGUAUACAAUUUAUUCAUACAUCAGCUACCAAUAAAUUUGUUCACUAUUCAUUAUCAAGCUAAAA